AUGACAGCUGUAGCGAAUCGUGUCUGUUUGAUUGUCAUCGAUGGCUGGGGCCUUUCAGAGGAGUCCGAUGGAAAUGCGAUUAUGCAUGCCAAGACACCUGUCAUGGAUUCACUAUGCUCUGGUAGAAACUGGACACAGAUCGAAGCGCACGGCCUUCAUGUCGGUCUCCCAGAAGGACUUAUGGGUAAUUCUGAGGUUGGUCACCUGAACAUCGGUUCCGGCCGUCCAAUUUACCAAGACAUUGUGCGUAUCAAUCUCGCCAUCAAGAACGAUACUCUGGUGAGUUUUUGCCUAUGA